UUAAAGAUCGCUGCCAGCGAAACCAACGGAUAACCAAAGCCAGUAUCCAGCAACAAAUGCCUUGGAAAAUAUUUUUGAAAAAUUCCAAGCCCAAAACCCAAAGCCACAAAGCCAACCGAUUCAGUUCGAGAAAUUAGCCAGAGGUGAAAAGUGCAUUGCUACAUUGCUACACAGAUACUGAUUUUGUUUUAAAAAUCGCACACCCAAAACCAGUUGAAAAAUAUAUUUUCGAGUGCCCCAGUGACAGUGCAAGAAGUUCCCGCAAAUAAAUCAAAUUUGUGCAACGCGAUAAUACCCAAAAUCUAUAUUCGAAUAAAUACAACUAAAUAUCGUGUCGUUGUUGCGUCGCUGUUGACAAAAGUGCAAUACCAUACAAGUAUAUAUACACCGAAUAAUAAUAUAUUUAUAACAACCAAUUACAUAUUGUUAAUCAAAAGUAAUUAAAUACGCAAACCAAGGCGAAAUAUUGAAAGUACACAGAGUGCGGUUGACGAAAAGCAAAUUGCAAGAAAUCGGAAUAAAAAACAAAAACAGAGUUACACGCCCGGAUUUGAUUGCAUUUUUUUGCGGUGUAAUUGUAAAUUUUCAACGCUGCAAUUCUGUCCCAAAGUAUCAGAUUCCGACUCGCAGUGAACACUAUUAUGCAUAUUCGAGUUCGUAUGAAUUCUGAUUUCUGAAUUUCCGCUCGGACUUUGCCAAAAUCAGCAGAAAACAAAACUCUUUCGUCAGUCAAAUGAUAGACUCGCGACGAUACUACGCACAAACCCAUGUUGGAUUAUAAUUUAUACCCUUAAAUUUGGGGGCUACAAUGCGGCCAGAAGUAUACGAUGUUACUACAGUUCACGCUGCCCAAUGUCAGGACUAUUUUUAUACUGAUGGUUGCUGUGGUUGUUCUGGCGAUGCCAACAUGCGCCGCGAAAACACGCUAUGUUUUAACAUUGAAGAACAAGGAACGUGCGCUGAACAUCAAUUCGCACGGCAAAGUGACCGCCGCGAACAUAUUGCUAACAUAUCAAUACUUCACGAUGGAAGGUGUCAACGAUGUGCUGAGCUCGGACUUCAAGUUGACCAUCUAUGCGGCGGAUGUAAACUACUAUCUGUGCUUCCAUCAAGGCAGACUUGUUGGAAAGAAAAACGCCACAAAGGACUGUCAAUUCAGGGAGAGGAUGGUUGGUGGCUAUCACGAAUACACCAGCGCCUACAAUCCGUCACUUCGUUUGGGGUUCAAGGGCAACUUUCGGCAAAUUGGCCCAAAGGAUUUGGCCAAGCCGCGAGUGAUGGAGAAGGCCAUAUUCUCCUUCUUUCUUGCGGAUGAGCAGAAGUUCAGCGGAAUCCUUUCGAAAGUUUCGGAGAAACACAAGGCCGCCACCACCACCACCAGCACCACCACAACCACAUCAACCACAACAACAACAACACCACCCAGUACUACCAAAAUCAGCUCCACAACAACAACAACAACCACAACAAAAUCAACAACAACAACAGUAAGCCCAAUGGCGGUCACAAAACGCGCGCGUUCAAAGUCGCGUCGCCCAACAAGUAUUAAUAGCGAUAGUACCAAGAGCAACAUCCCUGAAGAAUUGAGCAACAGCAAUAGCCUUAAGUCCUACAACCAAGCCAAUAGCAACAACAAUAUUGAGCUGAACCUGCAAGAGCAGGUGAUCCUGCAGAGGAAUCGCAAGCAACAACGCCGCCAUAGGUUGCAACAAAAGCAACAGUUGCCGCAGCAACAGCAGCAUCGCCGUCGCCACCGGCCACAUGGCGCAGUGGGUGUGAUGGCCCAUCCGCAGCCCAAGAAUCUGGUGGUGCGCCAUCACCACAACAAUGCCACCGCGAUGGAGCGCCGCCGCCGUCGCCGCUUGGAGCGGCAGCAACACAAGUUGCAGCGGGAGCUGUGGGAGCAGGAGCAGCGGGAGGCGGGCGAGCGGGAGCGGGAGAGGGAGCGGGCGGAGCACCUGCCCAAGGCCGCCUCCUCGGCCUCGUCCUCCUCCUCCUCGACGUCCUUCUCCUCGACGGCCUUGACCGCCACGGCCGCCUCGUUGGCGCCGAGCGCCUUCAAUCUGGUGGCCAUCAUGGCCGCCAGUCGUCGCAAGCGGGACAGGCGAAAACGCUCGACGGCGGCAACAGGUGGUGCCACUGGUGGUGGUGCCACAGGUGGUGGUGGUGCAGCGGGAGUGAGGGGCAACAGCAGCCCGCCCGCUGCCGAUAUGCAACUGGUGGAGCUACCCUCGCAGCGGCAGCUGCAGCAGCAGGACGAGCCACCACACACAAACGAAUACUCAAAAGCCUAUGUUAAUAGUAAUAGUAACUUAAACUUAAACCUAAACCUACUAAUUGAUAGUAAUAGCGCUAAUGUUAAUCAUGCAAUACCUGCCUUGCCAAAAAACUACAACUACUUGUACAGUAACGAGCAUUAUAAUUUGAAUACUAAAAGUAGCACGACUGAUUCUAGUAGUUUAGACGAUAGCCCUAAGUUCGAUAGUCCAAAUAGCCAUAGCCCUAGCCAUAGCGAUAGCGAUAGCAAUAGCAAUAGCAAUAGCCAUAGCCACAGCGCGUUCAAUCAGAAUAUUGACAAUAAUCUUAAGCAACUAAACGAUCGAAUUGACCCUGUUUCGACUGCCAGCCAAGUUGGGACAUCAGUGAGCGGAGGUGAAGGUGAGGGGGAGACAGUUGGCGAGACUGUCGUGGAGAAUCGCAAUCAUAUUGAUGCUAAUAAUAUAAUCGACGAUAGCUAUCCGAACGACGAGGAGCACGAGGAGCUAGUUCUAAAGAAACUCCUUCGUGGCCUGCAGAAGUUGCAACUGCAACAGCAACAGCAACGGCAACACGACGAGCAGCAGCAGCAACAACUUAAUAUUGAUAACCCUAACGAAAAUAUUAAUGUUGUUAACGAUAAUCAGAAUCAUAAUGGUAAUGAUAGUGGGCUGCUGACAAACAAUAACCAUAAUAGUAAUUACAAUGAGCAAUUUGCGAAUGACGAUGAAACGAUACGAAUUCAAAAUAAUAAAUAUGAAACACAUAUAGUACAAUACAAACAUGCAAUAUUUAUUUCGAAAAUACUGGCUCUUCAGAAAGCAAUACCAAUAGCCGCCAACGAUGGCCACUUGCAUCCGCAAUCGGCUGAUGUUGCCGUUGUGCCGCUCAUGUUGCCCGUGUUGCUCGUGUCGCUCGUGUUGCUCAUGUUGCUGCUGGGACGGGACAUUGUCGCCGCUGUCAGCGUUUGUCAAAUGAAUGCACCGCAGAAGCCAAUGGACAGCGGCAACAUGGGUGGGCACCGCCACAUUGACUUCGACUUCGACUUGGACUCCGACUCCGACUCCGACUCAGACUCAAACUUGGACUCGGACUCUCGGCGUUGA